CGCCCCCGCCCGGACUCCGCGCCUCGCCGGGCGCCGCACACCGUCCCGAGUCCCCCUGGGGUGCCCUGGCGGCCGCCCAUGGAGCCGGCACCGGGGGCUCCCCGGGGCAAGGGCGGGGGCGAGGCGCUGCUGGGCGAGCUGGAGGCUCUGGUACAGGACGUGGUGAGGACGAGCUCCUGGUGGGAGCGCCACGGCGUGGACUGCGCCAUCCUCGCGCUCAGCCUCCUCGCGGUGCCGGCCGGGUUCUUAAGCCUGCGCUCUGAGAAUGUCCUGGUCCUUGCCCUGGGUGUCAUUGUCCUGGGUGUGUGCCACUACACGCUCACUGUCAAGGGCAGCCACCUGGCCACUCACGGCGCCCUCACCAAGUCAAAACGCUGGAGCAGGAUCUGGGAGCUUUUCUUUGUGGAGGUAUGCUCGUCCUUUACCGCAGAGUAUGCCAAGUACGGACACGUCAAGAUGCACCAUGGUUACACCAACGUGUUGGGCCUGGGGGACUCGAGCACGUGGAGGCUGCCUUUCCUCAACCGCUACGUGUACAUGUUCUUUGCUCCCCUCUUGAUCCCCGUCAUCACCCCAUUGGUGGCCGUUGAGCGGCUGAGGAAGGUGGAGCUCAGGUCCGCGGUGCGGACGCUCGGCCUGAUUUCCCUGGGCCUCUACGCUCACUACUGGCUGCUUCUGAACGUGUCUGGCUUCGGGAGCCCCGGCUCGGCCCUUCUCUGCAUGCUCACCACCAGAUCCCUGCUCGCCCACCCUUACCUCCACGUCAACAUCUUCCAGCACAUUGGGCUGCCCAUGUUCUCCCGGGACAAGAAGCCGCGGAGGAUUCACAUGAUGAGCCUGGGGGUGCUGAACCUGCCCCGCCUGCCGGUACUGGACUGGGCGUUCGGCCACUCCCUCAUCAGCUGUCACGUGGAGCACCACCUCUUCCCCCAGCUCUCUGACAACAUGUGCCUGAAGGUGAAGCCCGUGGUGUCCCAGUUCCUCCAGGAGAAGCAGCUGCCUUACCACGAGGACUCCUACCUGGCUCGCUUCUGGCUGUUUCUCCGUCGCUACGAGGAGUUCAUGGUGCAGACCCCUCCCAUCACGGAGCUGGUGGGAUUGCAGUGAGGGGUGGGCCGCACCCUGCGCCCGCCUCACCCCCCAACCCCCCAGCCUGAUCCUAGCUCUCUUGCUUCUGCUGGCCUUCCUUCAGUCCAGGAGGGCACGGGCCCUUCCCCAGGGCCGUUGCUUGGCUGCUGGUGGUGGAGACCUCAGGCUGGAUGUCUGGGGAAAUCGGCUCACUUUUCUGGGCUUUGAAGGAUAAGUGGGGGAAGGGAAUAGCAGUGGCUGGGAUUCUGGUCAGUCUGGAUCUCAGCCAACUUCAUCUUGGGGGUGGGGAGAUGGGGGACGCUAAGCAGCUGAAUUCCUCUGCUGUAUCUGAGCCUUGAUAAGGUGAUGGGGAACGGGGACAGGAGAGGCCCUGGGUAAGGGGUAGGAGAGGAGAGUGAAGGGUCAGGCCCUCAGUUAGGGCCUCUCGGAUACCAGGAGACCCCCAUGCUCAGCUGGCCACUUCCUGUGUUCUUUGAGACUAUGCCCCUAAGGAGCCCUCUCCCCAGGGACCACAGGGAGAGGUUAGUUUUUAUAGAAAAAUUUUAAAAAAUAUCUUUCUUUAUUUUUGAGAGAGACAGAGAGUCAGAGCAUGAGCAGGGGA